UACCCAGAAGUCCUUGGCUUCUGUCGUGGUCUGGGGCUGGUGUUUGAGGUGGUCGAUCUGCGCUGGGGGAUCCGGAACGUCCCCUUUGGAGACCACGAGGCCUGUGAACUUUUUGUGCAGGAGAUCCAGAGGUGUAAGAGGAUUUCAGCCGUUCCAGCUUUCACCGCUCUGCUGGGGAACCGGUACGGCCACCGAGCUCUUCCUCGGGUCAUUCCAGAGAAACAGUUUGAAGUGUUUUUGUCCAAACUGUCCAAAAAUGCUGAGGGUGUGAAGCUGCUGAGUCAGUGGUACCUAAAAGACGACAACGCAGUCCCGCCCACCUACAUCCUGCAGCCAAUCACAGCUCACUUUGCCCACUACGGUGACCUCCGACCUGAGAGCGGGCAGCAGCGUGACAGCGACGCCGCCCGCUGGCGUCUCACAGAGACUCAACUGUUGCAGUUCCUACGCAACGCCGCCACGGACGCUGCGGUGGACGGACACAUCACAGCUGAGCAGAAACAAGACUUCUACACAUCAGUCACAGAGCGAGAGUUCGAGCAGGGUUUGUGGAAGGACGACGGACAAGCGUCGGCUCUGCUCUUCGUCCGGGAGAUUCCCCGACAGCGGGUGAGGGACGGUCCCAAACGUCUCGCCAAGUUCAUGGACGUGACGGCGGACGGCCUAUUGGACGCCGACGCCCAGGGACUCCUCGCCGCCCUGAAGGCCCGCCUCUACGCCACGUUACAAAAGAUCCUCAACCUGCACUGUGUGGAGCUCCACAAGGGCGGCAUCGACCCCAAACGCAAGGAGCAUGCUCAGUACCUGGACAGCGUCUGCGAACAGUUCGUCUCUCAGAUGAAGGCCAGGAUCAGCACAAUAGUGGACUCACCGCUGGACGUGAACCCGAGUUCUCAGCAGAGGAGACUUUGGGGAAAUAUUGACGACGAACAGGUGGAAAUGUCCGACUGGGUGGUUGAAGAAGUCAGCCGCCAUGUUGCCAUGAGCGCUGAGCUGUGUGAGGGUCUCCAUGGGAGGGAGGGGCUUCUGGGUAAAAUCUGUCUGAACAUGUGGGAGUCGACCAAUGCCCGCCACAGCCCACUGGUCGUCCACGGCGGCGCCGGGAUGGGGAAGACGGCGCUGCUCUGUAAACUGGCCCAGGAGAUGCGUAGCGUCCUGGAGGCCCGGGCAGCGGUGGUGAUCCGGCUGCUGUCGGCCGUUUACCCCCGGAGCUUCGACGUCGAACACGUCCUGCACAGCCUCUGCCUCCAGAUCUGCCUGGCUUUUGGGUUGGCUCCGCCCACACCGCUGCCGGCCGACACCCACCUGCUCAGGUGUUUCCAGGACGUUCUGGAGCGGGUUUCCCAACAGGGCAACACUCUGCUCAUCGUUCUGGACGGCGUGGAUCAGCUCUCGGAUCGACAGAACGCUCAGAAGUUCCGCUGGCUGCCCUUGGACGUCCCUCCCAACGUCCACCUGGUGGUUUCCAUGGAGACCAACAGCGAGGCGUUUGCAAGCAUGAGGAUGAGGUUGGAGACUCUAGAUAACUUCUUCGAAGUGGAGCGUUUGUCCGGUGACGAAGGGAAACAGAUCAUGGACUCGUACUUGCAGGCGUCGCAGAGAACUUUGACCCCUGAGCAGAGCGACGUCGUGUUGAAGAGCUUCGAGCAGACGGGAUGUCCGCUGCACCUCAAACUGAUGCUGUCGGCGGCCAAACACUGGAGGUCCUUCACACCGCUGGUCCAGGUCCGAGUGGGCGCCAACGCACAGGAAAUGAUGAAACAGAUCCUCCACACGCUGGAGGAGAAACAUGGGAGGGAGCUGGUGGGCGGAGCCUUGGGAUACAUCGCUUUGGCGAGGGAAGGUCUUCUGGAGGCGGAGCUACGCGACAUCUUGUCUCUUGAUGAUGAUGUAAUCAAAGAGGUGUACAGGUACUCCCUCCCUCCCACCCCCUCGUUGAUCCGGCUGCCCCCCCUCCUCUGGGCUCGGCUCAGACAGGACCUGGACCGCCACCUGGAGGAGCGUUGGAGCGCCGGCGUCGCCACCGUCGCCUUCAGCAGCCGGCGUCUGUACGAAGCGGUUUCAGCCCGGUAUCUGACGUCAGAGCGGCGGGGGCGGAGCCUAAAGAUCCUGUCUGAGUACUUUAUGGGUCGCUGGUCGGGGAAGUUGAAGCCGGUGGCUCUGCCGGGUCUGUCACUGGUCCUGUCCGACAGGAAGGUCCCGCCCCAACCGCUGUGGUUCACCCCCGGGUUGGCGAAUGUCAGGAAACUCCAGGAGCUGCCCUUUGACCUCCUGCACGCGGGUCUGUGGGACGAGUUAAAACAAGAGGUUAUCGGCAGCGCUGAGUGGCUGUUCUGUAAAACCAGGGUCUGUGGGGUGUCAUCUGUGAUCCAGGACCUGGACCAGAGCUCCAAGUACAUGGACUGCACCGAGACCAGGUUGAUCCGGGACGCCCUGGUCCUGAUCAAACCCAGUCUGGACUUCCUCAAUGGUCAAAUGGACAUGUCUUUGUUUUAUGCUGAGCUGUUGGCCAGACUGUGCUCUCUGGCCACGCCCUACCCGUCUCUGAUUGGCCAGCUGUGUCGUCAGUGCGAGGAGUGGCUGCUGACGUAUUCGGAGCCGAUCCUCAUCCCCAAGUGCAGCUUCCUGCAGUCGCCAGGGGGGGCGCUGCAGCACACCAUGACAGGAAUCCAAGGAGGUGUGGUUUGUCUGGACGUCAGUCUGGAGGCGGGGCUUCUGGUGGCCGGUUGUGACGAUGGCGUGGUGGUGGUUUGGAGCCUGGAUGACCAACAGCUCAUGCACAUUCUGCUGGGUCACACAGCUGCGAUCCUGACGGUUAAGGUGAUUGAAAGCUCCUCCCACUGCCUCUCACUGGCUGCCGACGGUUCUCUGAGGAGGUGGAGCUUGUUGACUGGCAGACAGCUGCUGUGCAUUGAGGAGGCGGUGCCUGCUGACUCCGCCCCUCCCUCGGUGCACCUCCACCUGUCUGCGCAGAGGCAGCUGCUCUUCGUUCACAUCCACACUCAGGUGAAGGUGUGGAGUCUGGCUGAAGCCGAGCCCCUCCUCAUCGUCGGCGCUGAUGAAGGCUCGGUGGUUCUGGGAGUCCUGCAGGAUUCUGUCAUUUCUCUCCAUGACUCCAGUCGGAUUCGGGUUUUUCAGCCCGGUAACGGUAAACAGUUUGUGGAGACUCGGCUGCAGGACUCGGAGAGAUGUGUGACGGUCGUGACCACAGCGUCGCUACCGAAGCGUGGAAAAGUGUUUGUGGUUUCUAAAGAAGGUUUUCUCUACCAGAUUUCACAGUCGGGGAAACACUCGUCCUCCAAGUUUCCUCUGGUUCCGUCUCUGUUUUCAGUGACAAAAGAUGAAAAAAUACUGAUGGCAGCCAGUGAACACAUCCUGAGCCUCUUUAACCUUGACAGAGACGUUUUGGAUAGGUUCUUGGAGCUUUAUCACGAUGACGUCGUGUUGUCGGCCGCUGUUUCGUCCAACUGUCGACUGCUCGCCUCCGGAUCUGCUGACCAGCUCAUACGAAUCUGGUCGGUGACCACCGGAGCCCUGCUGGACACCCUCUGUGGAGCCAACGCCCCCGUCUCCUCUCUGAUCUGGUUUAAAGACGUGGUGGUUUCAGGGUCGUGGGCCACCGCCUGCGUCCAGGUGUGGAGCCUGAAAUACGACACCCGCCACAAACCCGCCGCCCAUAUUCCGUCAGGCUCCGCCCACGUCGCCAUCACAAAGGACUGCGACAGGGUUUUCUUCGUCCAAGACCAAAGAGGAAAAGAGGUCAUCAGCUGGAACCAGCAGACAGGCUGUCUGGCGGACCGCAUGGCCGUCUCUGUGGAAGUGUGCUGUCUGGAAGUGGCUCAGUCCAAGCGUCUGCUGCUGUGCGGUCUGUCCACCGGUACCGUCUUCAUCUACCCGCUGGCCCUCCCCCAGGAGACGCUGGCCAUCCCCCCCCCUGAGAGCCUGUGCCGGGUGCUGUGUCUGGCCGUGGGCUCCCAGGAGAAGCAGCUGGCCGUGGCCUACGAGGACUCGGUGUGUCUGUUCGACAUGACCACGCGGGACGGCUUCCCCGCGGUGGAGGGGCCCCUGGAGAGGCUGGCCCUGCCCCUCCUCCAGGGGCCGCCGUCCUGCAUGGCGCUGCUGUCCGACCAGCGGCUGCUCUACGGGACCGGCUGCGGCGAGGUGAAGCUCCACGACUUCACGGUGGGAAACACCUCCGACCUGGAGCCCCAUCGCAGCAGAGUGACCUGUGUGACGGUCAGCAACUGGGGAAACCACGCCCUGGUGGGGUCGGAGGACGCCGUGCAGAGGCUGUGGGCCAUGAAGCCUCUGGGCCUCGAACACACCAUGGAGUACAAGGGUUUUUUCUUCGAGGGAAUCCUCUGCGCUGCAUUCUCCGAAACCGAUCACUUCGUCUUCACCGGAUCUCAGGACAGAACCAUCAAAGUAUGGGGGGUCUCCUCAGGAAACCUGCUGUUCGUUCAGUACGUCUACUCCCCGGUCGUUAAAAUGGUGACCUACAGGAACGGCUUCGUGGCGUUGUCACGUCAGGGCGCCGUCAUCAAAGAGAUUUUCCGUUGUCCGGACGACAUUGGGCCGGACCACAACCCUCUGAAGAACGUCAAGGCCCAGUACCGGGUCACAUCCAGAGAGAAGAACCAGGACCCGGUCCAGACCGCCACCACAGACCUGCAGGACUUCAACCCGGCCCAGUUCAACCUGAACCUGAUGGACAUGCUCAAAUCCAAGCCCUCGCCCACCUGCAGCGUCCUGUAG